AUGGUGAGCAAAUAAAAUAGUUUAAAAAUCGUCCAAUUUUGAGUCUAAAGUGUAAAUUCAGCGCCCGGUGUCGUUUUGCGAAGAAAAGCAGGUGGAUGUCGACUUUUCCGCCAAAGACCUGCCAUUCAUCAGUACUAACGCCAAUAGUCGAAGAGCUGGAAUGAUCUUUUUUCGGUAAGGCUGUGCUUAAUGGUAGUCACAAUUACAUCUUUUAUUUGUAGGGCUGGGCCGUCCAGAAGUUGGAUCACCAAUGGAAAGACGGUCUUAUCAAAUACCGCGGUAUUUGAUCGAACAGAAGCCGGAAUUCCUUAA